AUGCAAUUCAAAUUCAAUUCUGGAAACUCAAAAAAUGUGUACAGCAUUGUUAGUGGUGAUGAAUCGUGGAUUUACUGUGAAGAAAAGCCAACAAAAGUCAUCCGUUCUCGAAGUGUUUCGAAAAAGGUGGUCGCGACAUUUCAAAGAACUGUUACUGCGGAUUGUUAUACCACCAUUUGUUUGCCAAAAGUCAUCACCGAGCUUCGAAAAAUCAACCCCGAAAGAAGAAUCAUCCUCCACCAAGACAAUGCAUGCUCGCACACAGCCCAAAAAACAAGGCAGUAUUUAACGAAAGAAAAUGUGGAAUUAUUGGACCAUCCUCCAUAUAGUCCCGAUCUAACAAACGAGUGGAAUAAGUGCUUCGAAAAUUGGUUCGAGCGCAUGCAGAUGUGUAUUAAUCUUCGUGGAGAAUACUUCGGAAAAACAAUAAAACAUCCCUCGUAG